AUGUCCAUCAAUUUCACCACGCAAAAAGAAUUUGAAGGACACGUCUACGUGAAAGGCCAUUACGAUGAUAGCUUAUGCCGGGUGGAUGCAACGCUCAAGAAGCACGUUAAUCUCACGGUACCAUUCUCGAUGUUCAUCACUAAGAUUGACAAAUCGUAUCAUAUCAAAUGUUUUUAUACAGAAACGGAUCGCAUUGUGACUACGCGUCUGGAUGUCAGGUAA